AUGAUGAGACUCCUACUACAACACGCAACGCGUUACGGGAUUCGUCCCUCAAGAACGCAAUCACUCCACACGGUGGCGGCGGCGGCGGUGGCUAACCGAUCUCUGCAGCAUCGUAUCUCAGAUGCUCUUGAUCGGAAUGCACAGAUAAUUCCGGUGCUUAAACAAUGGCGGCAACAGGGGAAUCAAGUGAACCCUUCGCAGGUCUCAGAGUGGAUGAGUGAAGAAAAUAUCUGCGAUCUAACUCCAGAAGAUUUCGCAGCUCGGCUUCAUCUGAUAGAGAACGUUUUAAGGUUGGAAAAAGCAGAGAAGUUUUUCGAAAGUAUUCCAAAUAGCGCAAGGGACGGUUCUGUCUACACCACUCUCUUAACCGCUUACGCAAGAUCAGACAAAACUCUGUGUAAAGCCGAAGCCACGUUCAAGAAGAUGAGGGAGUUAGGUCUUCUCUCGAGAGCUUCUCCUUACAACGCGAUGAUAUUCCUCUACACUUCCUUAAAAGAUCGGGAUAAAGUUGAGGAGAUUUUGCUUGGAAUGAAAGCUAACGACGUGGAGGCUGAUAGUGUCACUGUGAACCAAGUGUUGAAGCUAUACUCGGAUUUGUCUGACGUGGAGGCGAUGGAGAAGUUUCUGAAUGAGUGGGAAACUGUUCGUGGGAUCAAACUUGAGUGUCUCACGACUCUUAACAUGGCAAAGGCUUACUUGAGAGCCAGUUCAAGAGAAAAUGCUAUAAAAAUGAUGAGGUUAACAGAGGAAUUGGUGGAUCACAAGGCGCUAAAAUCCGCCUACGAGAGUCUCUUGAAGCUGUAUGGUGAAGCUGGAGAGAAAGAACAAGUUUUGCGUAUAUGGAACCUUUACAAUAAGAACAUAGAAGAAUGUGAUAACGAUGGAUAUCGAAAUGUGAUUGGUUCGCUCUUGAAGCUAGACGAUAUUGCUGCGGCAGAAGAGAUUUACAAAGAGUGGGAAUGCUUGCCUCUUGAGUUUGAUAUCCGACUCCCGACUAUGUUGGCAGAUGGUUAUCGAGAGAGAGGGAUGAUAGAUAAGGCUGAGAAACUGAUGAACAAUAGAACCAUCAAGAACAAAAGAAUGAAGAAACCAAUCACCCCGAUCUUGGAGCAAUGGGGAGAUAAAUUGAAACAGUCUGAUCUCAAAUGCCUCAUCAAGAACCUCUCUGAUUCCAAUCAGUUUUCCAAGGCCCUUCAGGUUUCAAAAUGGAUGGGUGAACAAAGGGUUUGUAGUCUUUACUCGGAAGAUUACGCAGCUCGGCUUCAUCUGAUUGAGAAUGUGUUGGGUUUGGAAGAAGCAGAGAAGUUCUUUGAGAAGAUCCCUGAGAACAUGAAGGACUACUCUGUCUAUGAAACCCUCCUAAGCUCUUACGCCAAAUCUGACCUAACUUGGGGUAAAGCUGAGACCACUUUCAAGAAGAUGAGAGAGCUCGGGUUCCUCUUGAAACCUUCACCAUUCAACUCGAUGCUCUCUGUCUACAGUAAACAUCACAAGGUCGAGGAGAUUCUUCGUGAGAUGGGUGAGAACAACGUGGUUCCUGAUUGUCUCACGGUGAACAAGAUUUUGAAGGUAUACGCGGCUGAAUCGAAAGCUGAAGCGAUGGAGAAGUUUAUGAGACUUUGGUGUGGAGAAGAUGGAAUCAAACUGGACAAAGGCACGAAGGUUGCAAUGGCAAAGGCUUAUGCUGACGCUGGUUUGAUGAAAAAGGCGAUAGAGAUGUAUGGUGACGUGGCAGGGAGUAAAAGAGAAGUGUGCCAUCUUUGGAACAAGAUUAAGAAGGAUGAAACAGUGGAGGAUGAUGCAUAUCGAGCAGUGAUUAGCUCUUUGUUGAAGCUGGACGAUGUAGAAGGAGCAGAGAAUGUAUAUGGAGAGUGGAAACCUAGUGGACCGAAGCUGGAUUUAAGCAUACCGGGUCUGCUGAUUUCUCGGUUUUGUGCAGAAGGUAAAGACUGGAAGGUUGGGGAAAUAAUAAAGUCGAUUAUAGAGAAGAGGAUUGGGAUGCAUUUCAGGAUGUUGAAGGCUUUUGCAAUCACGGUCGUGCAAGCAUACCGAUAUGUGGCUAUUUCUUCCACAUGCAAUAGCUUAAAGCUUAAUGAUAGAUAUUGGUGGGAUUUGGGGAGCAAACUGUGGAUCCUGAAAGAAACAGAAAUUUUCAAGUCCAUAUAA